UUCAGUAUGCCUCGGUACACCGAUCGGGGAGUAAAGAGGGUCUGCAACCCCACCGAGGGUAAACAGAGCGAUUAGAGUAAGGUGGUAAGGUACAGGUCUGGGGGUCUUUUUCGUUCACCGAGACGGGUCAUGACAGUCCACUCCACCUGGCUCCUUGAGGACGGUAAUGCAUUCUCCACCGGUGGACAAGAUUUCUUUUUACUCCCGCCGUGCACCUGAGGUUUGCACGGAACGAGGAUGGCGUGAAUAUACAGGAGAGACGGCAUUCAGGGAUCGCUGGAACCUUUGGUGGAGAACGGGAUGUUUUCCUUUGUCGCACUACAGGACGUUGCUUCCUUGGCAGUUUAUCAAUCAUAUCCCCAAGGGUAGCUCGAUAUGCAGAAAGGACAAUCUUCUGCGUCACAUGAAGUGCAUGAGAAAAGUGUACGGUUCGGUCUACGACUUCAGCCCUUCAGGCUACAAUUUGCCAUCGGAAUACACAAAACUGGCAGCCGAUUGCAGUCGCCGAGACAACGACGACAGGGUUUGGAUUUACAAACCCGUGGGGCAGAGCCAAGGAAGAGGAAUCUUCUUAUUUCGGAAAUUGUGUGACUUGACCUACGACAACGUGGCCGUGGUUCAAAGGUACAUCGAGAAGCCCCUUCUGAUCGGAGGGUACAAAUUUGACCUCCGAUUGUACGUCUGCGUGCCAUCGUACAGACCCUUGACCGUAUAUUUAUAUCGAGAAGGAUUAGCUCGAUUUGCCACGGACAAGUUUUCCCUGGACAUCUUGGACAACCCCUACAGCCACUUGACGAAUUGUUCCCUGAACAAAUUAGGCCCUGGCUACUCGCAGAAAAAGGAAAGGGUCGGUUCCGGAUGCAAAUGGACUCUUCGCCAGCUCAGAAGGUACCUGGAACAAGUCGGACACGAGGACUGGUUUCUGUGGCAACGAAUAGCUUGUAUAGUCAGCCUGACGAUUCUCAGCCAGGCGGCUGGUAUACCCAAAUCCGCUAACUGCUUUGAACUAUUCGGCUUUGACAUAUUGAUCGACGAGAACUUGAAGCCUUGGUUGCUGGAGGUGAACGUCAGUCCCGCCUUAGGGAACGACUGCGAGGUGGAUUCGGAGGUGAAGAAGCCUCUUCUUCACGACCUCUUCGACCUCCUAGGACUCCCCGUCUGCAACACCGGACUGUCCCUCUUCACGAUGUGGUCUUCCUCGGCAACCUCGACCGACACCGACGGCGACAGCGACAUAUCCUCCAAGGGUCGUCCCGCGAGGUACUCGAAGAAAAGGUGCAAGAUCCUCCGAGCUCCGAUGACGCUCGUCAGUCUCUAUCCUGACCCCCAAAACACGUUGCGCCAAAGCACUCCGGAUCGUUGCAACGAGUCUUGGUCUCGGUACAAUCCCCUCUUUGUGGAGAGGAACGGCCUGUUGCGACCUCGCUCGAAGAGUAAUAAUUCGAAAAAUCCUUGCACCGUUUGGGACAACGGGAAAGACUGGAGGGAUCCAAGUACGAGGGAAGGAGGCUGGAUAAGAGUUUAUCCAUUGACGCGUCAGGCGACAUCGGAGUCGAAGACGAUAACGCGUAACUCGUUCUCGGAAGGCCCAAGGAUACCUGAAAAAUCGACCAUUCUUUUCAUAUUGAAAUACCUGAGGACUGCUAGAGAGAUUCAGCGAAAAUUUGGAAAAUUAGGGGACGAGCACUGCAACGAGCACCUGUGCAGAAGUCUCGACUUAAGUACAGAAGUUUGGCUUCCGGAGAAAUGAGACCUGAAUACGAAGGUGAUAUAGGUAGAUCAAAUUAAAUUGCACCUAUCACCUUGUAAAUUAGAUUAGCUUGUAAGAACAGUUGUUACAACCUACAGACUUCAAUUGGAAAUAAUUGUUGAAAAA